GCCCACCAAUAAAGUGGGGCGAAGGCCCUAUCGCCCGGCGUUCGGGACCCCUCGGCCGUGCCCCCACCGCUCGCCGGCUGCUGGAGAACCUGUCUCUGCGACCCAAAGGAUGACCUGAUGUAUUUGUCCCAACGGUACCUACCAGGAGUCAAGAGACAAACUGGACUUUGCCUGUGUUUUCUGCUGUCCUGUUUCCCCGCAGGACAGCCUGCGGACGUCGGUGCAAAGCAAACCCACAAGUCAGAGAGAAGGCAGGAGUUGCAGGAACCUUCCCUCUACACCAUCAAGGCUGUCUUCAUCCUAGAUAAUGACGGACACCGUCUGCUGGCCAAGUAUUAUGAUGACACAUUCCCCUCCAUGAAGGAGCAGAUGGCCUUCGAGAAAAAUGUCUUCAACAAGACCAGCCGGACUGACAGUAAGUGUCCGCCUUUUGCUCGUGCAGAACUUUCAGAUGCACACCAUCAUCUUCAUCUGGACACAUCUGUCCCCGUCGGCCUCAUACACCCACAGGCCAUUCCCUUUUCUUCAGAGGUGCUUUUUCCUCUCCUGCUCAGCUGUUCUCUUCUCUCUUCUUCUGGUGAGAUUGCAUUUUUCGGGGGCAUGACCAUCGUCUACAAGAGCAGCAUUGACCUCUUCCUGUAUGUGGUGGGCUCAUCCUACGAGAACGAGCUGAUGCUCAUGUCUGUUCUUACCUGCCUGUUUGAGUCCCUGAACCAUGUGUUAAGGAAGAACGUGGAGAAGCGCUGGUUGCUGGAGAACAUGGACGGAGCCUUUCUGGUGCUGGACGAGAUUGUGGAUGGCGGCGUGAUUCUGGAGAGUGACCCCCAGCAAGUGAUCCAGAAAGUGAAUUUUAGGGCGGAUGACAGCGGCUUAACUGAGCACAGUGUGGCCCAGGUUCUUCAGUCUGCCAAGGAACAAAUUAAAUGGUCCUUACUGAAAUGAAGGCUGUGCAUUCAAGGCUCCCUGCCCCCAGACCAUUCCCCCAAUCCUGGCAAAAGCACAAAGACCCCAGGGGACACCAGAGACCCCUCUAUAUCCCCAGGCCUUCCCAGAACUGACUCCUGAGGUCUCUGGCCAGGGACUCUGAGAUGCAGAGGUUUGGCUUCAACACUGAGUAACCCCUUCUCACUGUCCUGGCCUGCUCUUUGGGCCUUGAGAACCAGCUGAGCUGCCUUAACUCAGACCUUAGGCAUCCCUGGCCCCAGAGCCCAAAUAAACCUGCUUUUGUCUCCUGCCAA